CUUGUGUCAGUCAGUCGGUCGAUGCUGCUGCUGCUGCUGCUGAGCAAGAAAAACAGGCCAAUAUUUGGGAAAUUGUCCCCAGCAGGAGCAUUAAGCCUUCAGUCAAACACAAGCCGUCAACAGGCAUCAAACUGAGCCAGGCCCUACACACUGAGUGUUACUAAGGGCAGCAGCGAUGUCGGGCUCCUACGAUGACUCCAUGAUCGAUGUCUCCAGUGAUAGCUUCUGGGAGGUUGGUAACUACAAACGGUCCGUGAAACGGGUAGACGAUGGCAAUCGACUCUGUAAUGAUCUGAUGAGCUGUCUUCAUGAACGGGCACGCAUUGAAAAGACUUACGCACAGCAGCUUACGGAAUGGGGAAAGCGCUGGCGGCAACUCAUAGAAAAAGGGCCUCAGUACGGUACGUUGGAGCGGGCGUGGUCCGCUCUGUGCACGGAGGCGGAGAAGGUGAGCGAGCUUCACAUGGAGGUGAAAUCGGCGCUGAUGGGAGAAGACUACGAGAAGCUGAAGAACUGGCAGAGAGACUCCUACCACAAACAGAUGAUCGGCGGCUUCAAAGAGACCAAGGAGGCUGACGAUGGCUUCCGAAAGGCUCAGAAACCCUGGGCGAAGAAACUCAAAGAGAUGGAGACAAUGAAGAAGUCUUACCACUCUGCCUGUAAAGAAGAGAAGCUGGCAGCCAGCAGGGAGAAUAACAGCAAACUGGAGAGCAACAACAACCCCGAAGCCCUAAAGAAGCUCCAGGAAAAGGUGGAGAAGUGUCAGCAGGAGGUGCAGAAGACUAAAGAACGCUAUCAGAAAUCCCUGGAAGAACUCGACAAGUUGACCCCUCAGUACAUGGAGAACAUGGAGCAGGUGUUCGAGCAGUGGCAGCAGUUUGAAGACAACCGAAUCAGCUUCUUCAGAGAGCUGCUGCUGGAGGUUAAACAGCACCUGGAUCUCUCGACCAAUCACAGAUUCCAGACAGUCUACCACACGCUGGAAGACACAGUCUCUGCUACUGAUGCUGAAGAUGACCUGAAAUGGUUCCGGUCCAAUCACGGCCCCGGCAUGCCAAUGAACUGGCCCCAGUUUGAGAAUGUGGACUGGUCCCAUCCUCGCUCCUUUAAAAGAAGGUCCAUUGUAGACUGGUCCAUAGACCUGAACCGAACCCUCAGCAGACGAGAAAAGAAAAAUCCAUCAGAGGGCGUCACACUGACGGGCAUCAGUCAAACCAGGUCAGACCAGCCUGUUCAGCCUGCCAAGACCAGCAGCAGCCUCACUGUGCCCACUAACACAGCGGCGCCAGUGGGCUCAAACCCCUUCGAUGACGAUGAGGAGGAAGAGGAGGAAGAGGAGGAGAAGCCCGUGGAGCAGCAGACCACGGUCAACCACAUCAGUGUGAAUAAAGAGGAAAUAAAAACUGCAAGCAGUACGGAGAAGACUCCGGACUGGUCAGAAGAAGACACCGGUGAUAACCCCUUCUCCACCAACGGUGACGGGAAUCCGUUCGAAGAUGAGCCGGCGUCUCCGGUCGUAUCUGUGCCUGUCCGAGCCCUCUACGACUAUGACGGACAGGAGCAGGACGAGCUGACCUUCAAAGCAGGGGAUGAAUUACUCAAAAUUGGAGAAGAAGAUGAUCAGGGUUGGUGCAAAGGCCGCCUUAAGGACGGAAAAACGGGCCUCUAUCCUGCUAACUAUGUGGAAGACAUCCAGUAAUAAAUUAUCACAAAUUAAUAAAUGUGAAGAAAAGAAGAAAGUGGUUUGUUGCGAAUCGACAGUGCGGCUAGAAACGAGAACACUCUGCCUUAUUUUUAACGCUUUUCUGAAGACUGGACUGGUGUUGGAGAAGGAUGAAGAAGAGAAGUUUCAGAUCAUUAAAGGACCACUUGAGACGUUACUUGCCACAUAUUGACAGUACAAAGAUGGAAAAUUAACAACAAGUUUCCAGAUGAUUCCAGGCGAAGAGGAUCACAGAGAAACAUCGCUGUCAGUGUAAGAUAUGUUAUGUAACUUAGAAUCCCAUUUACGCUGUUACAAAAAUAAUAGCCUUUCAAGUAUAUAUUAGAUCAAAAAUUAAAUUUAUGUGUGAAUUUAUAUAUUGUUUAAACGAAACACUGGGAUGACAAAUCGUUUUGCGAUGUAACGUGCAGCCUUAACAUGCAAGCCACUAUGGAUUCUUUAAGGGAGAUGACCCUUUUUAUGAACAUAAUUAUCUAUUUUAGGUUUGAAACCAUUUCUGCCUGCUAGAAUCCAGUCCAUAACUGUUAAUUGUUAGAUUUUUUUCUUUGACAAAUUAGGCCCUCGUGUUGAGAUUAGUGUGACAGGUUUAACCUGAUUUUUCAAAUUUAAGCUUAAAUUGUUCAUUCCUUUCAGGGUUCUGUAUUUUCCAUUCAGUUCUUUAACUGUUCUGGUUAUUUUAUAAGGAAUGAUCAAAUCAAUUAGAGGCUCAUGCUGAUGUAGUCUUCAUGUAGUUCACAGUGGGUCGGUUCCUCUCGCAAUUGAAUGUACACUCACUGAUUGUAUUUUUCUCACUUUUGAUUGUUCACUUUUGCUGAUGUUAGGUUUUUGCUAGUACUCACACAAUAACCCCCAACACGACCUGUCCUGAAUCUCUACACACACAAAAAGAAACUCAGUACUUUCUGUUGAUUGUAGAUUGUACUAUACUGGUUAUUUUUCAUCCAACACUGAAAGUUUUUCACAAACGUUUAUCUCACUUGAAUCUCCAUGUCGUAAUUUCUGUCACUUCUUGUUAAAUGUCAAGUAAUGGGAGAAUAUUUUAGUGUUUUUGGGGGGAGAUAUAUAUAUAUAUAUUACAAUUCAUAGCAAUAAAACCACAGCAAAGUAUGUCAUUGCAUACAUGCAUGUAAAUAGCCUGGAUGAAAAAAUAUUAGAACAAAUUAAGCAUCGACAUCAGAUGACAUGUAGUUUGAAAUGGAUUGUUAAUUUAUGAUGCCACAAGUGCUUUUGCUCUACUCUUGUUAGAAUGCUGUGACUGAGAAUCAGUUUGUCUGGUAAUUGAAUGUUUUAUGGCAAAUAUCCCUUGAAUCUGUUAUUUUGAUAUAUUUGUAAAUAUGAUUAUUUUUUUCCCAUCACAGAGGGCCAUAUUCAUUGAAGUAAUCAACAAAUAUGUGAAUUAUUGUUCAUUUUCCCUUAGGAGCUAUGAUAUGAAUGGAUCUGACUGAUUUAAUAACCUUAAUACAUAUGUUUGGAUCAUUAAGUAUUUUUGUUGGCUUGCAUUUUUUUGCAGAGAUGAACUGCAGGCUUUUCAUUUGUGCAAGCUCCAAAUUAAUUGCCUAGUUUAUCGAUGAAAUAAUUGAAAAAAAAAAAAGCUAUUUGAUGCCUUUAAACUGCAGCACAAGAGGAGGAUGAAUUAUGUUAUCUUAGACAUUUGCCAUGUUUUCAGGGCAUGCUGACGUCAAAACGCAGCAACAGUUGUACUUGCACAGUAAGGUUUGUAAAUGUUGUCCCACGACAUAAUAAAUGAAUUUAUUGGAAAAAAUAAGAUUUUGUCUUGAGUAUUGAUAUUUAUUUUCUUUAAACUACAACUUAGAAUGUUGAGAUAUUUAAUGAAUUUUAAAAAGAGCUUAAUCAUUUUAUGUGU